UCAAACUAAUCAGCGCGGUGGUGUGACCAGUGUGUUGGCGAAGCUAGGUCUAACUAAUAAUAAAUUAGAAAUACUGAGUUUGAAACGUGAAUAUUAUCGUCAAACUAUGGCUGGAGACGUAGGAGCAGAUGUGCAGAUGCUUGAACUAAAAUCUGUUAUAGGAUUUAAUGGUUCAGUGCAUGCAGGUUUAAAAGUACAUCCAGACAGAGAAAACAUCGUCUACCCCUUAGGAAAUGUUGUAAUUAUUGAACAUAUUCAAACACACAAACAAAGUUUUCUCACUGGACACACCAAUGAUGUAUCAUGUUUGGCGAUCUCUAAGAGCGGCAGAUACAUUGCGUCUGGCCAAAUUACUCAUAUGGGAUUCAAGGCAGAUCUGAUCAUCUGGAAUUAUGAAACAAAGGACAUUUACUGUCGCCUUUCAUUGCAUAAGGUCAAAGUUCAGUCCUUGGCAUUCUCCCCAAAUGAAAAAUACUUACUGUCUCUUGGAGGUCAAGAUGACGGCUGUGUUGUUAUCUGGGAUGUAAAGACCAUGACGUCAAUUUGUGGAUCCCCGGCAGCAUUGAAAAGCGCAGGAAUGACAUAUUGCGUGGCUUAUUCAAACUUAAAUGAUAACAUCUUCGUCACUGGGGGAGAUCGUACACUGCGUGUUUGGGAACUUGAUCGAGCCAAUCGUAAGAUUCGUCCAACAGAUUGCACCAUGGGACAGUUGAAACGAGUUGUAAGGAGCAUUGAGGUUUCAGAGGAUGAUAAGUUUUUCUACUGUGGAACAACCAGCGGUGAUGUGCUGCAAGUGAGUGUAGACAAACAGCUUUUCCGACACUAUGGACCGGCCAAGAAUAAGUACAGCCUUGGUAUCACAGCCCUAGCACUUGUUAAGACUGGAGAGAUUCUAGUAGGGGCUGGAGACGGCACAGUGGCACUGAUCAAAGGAGAGAAGUUCCAGAAAGUGAAAAGUACCAAGAUACAGCAUGCUGGAGAGAUCACUUCCAUCGCAUUACGGGGUCAUGGACAUCAAUUUUUUGUUGGCACCAGCAAUGCACAAACUUACCGGUUCAACUUUGCUGAGUUUACAUUUGAACUUAUCAAUACAUGUCAUUAUAAGCCAGUUAGGGACAUUGUUUUUCCAUUUGGUUGUUCAGACAUUUUUGCCACAUGUUCUGAAAAUGAUAUUCGAAUUUGGAAAGGGACUAAAGAAGCGCUACGCAUAACAGUGCCUAAUAUCACAUGUCACGCCAUCAACUUCAUGCAGGACGGCAAGUAUAUUAUCAGCGCCUGGAAUGAUGGAAAAAUAAGAGCAUUUCUACCGGAGUCUGGUCGUCUGCUCUACUGUAUCGAAGACGCCCACAACAAGGGAGUAACAGCAAUUGCUUCAACAUCUGACUGCAUGCGUAUUGUGAGUGGCGGUGGAGAGGGUCAGGUCAGAGUUUGGAAAGUGUCUUCUACGUCGCAGAGGAUGGAAGAAGCCAUGAAAGAGCACAAGGGAAGCGUGUCCUCCAUCAAAGUGCGCAAGAACAAUGAGGAAUGCAUCAGUGCCAGCAGUGACGGCACCUGUAUAAUCUGGGACUUGAUACGCUUUGUUCGUAUUCAAGUAAUCUUUGCCAACACAUUGUUUAUGUGUGUUCUCUACCACCCAGAUGAAAUGCAAGUGAUUACAAGUGGUACUGACAGAAAGAUUGGCUAUUGGGAGUCCAUAAACGCAGCACAGAUUCGGGAAGUGGAGGGAUCACAAUCUGGUUCAGUCAACGGAAUGGAUAUUGCUAGCGAUGGAGAAUACUUUGCAACGGGCGGCGACGAUAAACUUAUCAAGGUAUGGAAUUACAAGGAAGCAGAGGUGACCCAUGUGGGAAUAGGUCACAGUGGCUUCAUCAACAGACUCAAGAUCUGCCCAAACCAGAAGAUCAUUGUCAGUGUUAGUGAUGAUGGCGCCAUUCUCUUUUGGAACUACCCUUUCAAGUCAUCUCGUUAAGAAAUAAAUUUAAUGAUAAUAUACUUAAUAUAUGAAAAUCAUCCUUGAGAAACUAUAGGAACACAGAUUUCACGGAGAUACAGAAAUGUACAUAUAAUGAUAUUCAUAUUAAAUUUGUCAUUGUUAGAAUAUUAUUAUGAAUAAUCUUUGUGUGCAGAUCAUACCAUCUUUAUUAUCUAUUAGUGUAUAUACAUUGCAGGGUUGUGAUCUAUAAAUUGUUAAUUAAACUAGAUAUUUAGAUAAAACUUGAAGAAAAUCACCAGAAUUGAAAACAAAUUUUUAGGGGGUUUUGAUCUAAAACUUGUUAAUGUAAUAUUAAUAACUAAAUAUUUAGAUAAAACCUGAAGAAAAUCACCAAAAUUGAAAUGAAAAACCUUCCACUGUUUUGUACUUUUUUAUUGACGCUUUUGUAAAUUUAGUGUCAUCCAACAAAGAAUGGCAAAUCUUUACUGCACAUCACCAAAAAGAAUUAGUAUUAUAUUUAAUUGAAAAGAUUUCUAAUAAAUGCUUCCUUUGGUAAAGAUCUUGUACCAAAAUUCCCAAUGAGUUAUGGGUUUUCCAAGUUCCAAUGUUUUUCAUUAGUCUGUUCAUUUUAUUGUUAACAACGUACUAAAUAUCAUAGCAUACUUCCAGAAAUUUUCCAUAUACACACACCAAAAAGUUCUUUUUAUUUAGAAAUAAACAAUUCCAAUACAAAACUGUGUCCUCCGUGGUUUUCAGAUGCCCCUCACCGUAGAGGUCGACCUGAAAUUGCCAAAUAAUUAAUUAUGGGGACAAGACUGCAAUGCAGUGCUAGAUGUGAACACUGCACAAGUCACCACUUAUGUGAAUAAACAAACGGGAGAUAAAAUAGGUUGUUAUGAAAAUAUAUGCAGGGUUAGGGUCUAUAUGUAUCACAUGGUCAUUAGUUUAAUAAAUACAAGUGAUAUUUGAGUUGUCUGAUCCAUAACUAUUCUGUACUCUUUGCUCAAAUGUACUAAUACCAAAUUGUAUUAUUAAUGUAUGGUAUAGUAAUAUUAUAAUUAAUGUGUGUUCAUAUAUGAAUUGUCUGUGUUAAGUACCUUAUCAAUGCCAGUGUUCUCCAAAACUAUACCGUGGAUGAUCGAUUGACAAACGUAAGCUUUUGUUUAAGGAAUAAUACUAUAAUAUACAACUUUAAUUUGCAUCCGAUUAUCACCAGAAUUAGUUCCAGCUGAAAGAGAUUCUAAUUUAUAUAAAAUACAUAUAGUAGAAUUGUAAUGAUAAUUGACCUUUCCAGAAUGUCAAUUAUACUUAAUAUCUGACUGGACCAAUCAGAACAGUUUUGUGGAAUCCUUGGCAACAAUAUCCAAGUGGCGGGUCUUAGUGGAAAGGUCCAUUGAGAGCUGAGGUAGUGCUUGUUGAAUUUCUAGCUUAAUACCAUAAAAGCCUGUCUUGCACUUGUACACACCUACUAAUGUUCAAUGUACUUGUGUCCAGCUGUGUGUUGAAAAGAAACCAGAUUCUCUCGUAUAACCUUAAGUAUAUUAAGUGUUCCUACAAGAAUUAUACUGUAUUAUACAUUUAUUUAAGGAGAAUUAUUGUUUGUAUGUUGUGGGCCUCGAAAUAAAGUAACUUGUUGAAGGAAA